AUGGACGAGCUGCGUCCGAACCUGGUCGGCGGACUGCUGGGGCUGCAGCAGGGCCUGCUGGAGGACCACGCGAGCAUGCAGCACGGCGGCGUGGGGCAGGACACCAAGUUCAUGUCGUUCCAGGACCAGCGGCUAAUGGGCAUCGGCGGCUCGCACGAGAACCGCCUGCUCAGCCUGGCCAGCUCCGUGCAGGAUACGCGCUCGCCCAUUACCACGCUGGAGAAGUCGUCAUCCUCCUCGCUCAACCACCAGCGCAAGUGCAGCAGCACGCCGGAGGACUUCAGCGCCCUCUACUCCGGCCUGCCCACUCCCGGCAUGGACUCGUCCUCGCACCACCAUACGCCGGCCCACACGCCGCCGUCGCGCCUCUCCGAUCACACCAUCUCGGCGGAAGGCGCCUUCAAGAAGCUCAAGCCGGAACCCAACAGCGGCCUGUCGACGGUUUCCGCCGGCAUCACCUCGCCCGGAAGCGGAUUAUCAUCGCUCAGCCAGCACGCCGGCCACACCCCAACCACAGCGUCCUGCCCCACGCCCGCCCGUCGGAGACACCGCACCACAUUCACACAGGAACAAUUAGCGGAACUGGAAGCGGCGUUCGCCAAAUCGCAUUAUCCGGAUAUUUACUGCCGCGAGGAGCUGGCGCGAACCACCAAGCUGAACGAGGCGCGGAUUCAAGUCUGGUUUCAGAACCGGCGGGCCAAGUACCGCAAGCAGGAGAAGCAGCUGCAGAAGGCGCUGGCACCGUCUGUGAUCCCAUCCUGCAACGGGAUGAUGCGCAACAUCCAGGGCUACAGCGUCUCGCGCGGCUAUCAGCCGUAUCCGCACCACAACACCAUGAAUCGCUAUCCCCAGGACCUGUUCCAAAUGGGCGCCUCCUCGUAUCCGGGCAUGACGCAGCCGUUCUCCAUGGCGCACAGCACGAACAUGGGCUCCGUCGGGGUGCGUCAGGACUCGAUGGGCAUGUCGCCGGAGGACGAGUGGUACAACAAGAGCCUGUCCGCCCUGCGGAUGAACUCGUCGCAUCAUCCCAACCUGUCCGCCCCCAUGCUGCAGUACCAGACAUAAUCAAAGACCUUUGACGACUUCUUUUAAAAGAUCGCGCCCUAAUGGCCCUUUGGGGCGCGGUGUUUUAGGAUGGAGUGCGUCAAUCGAUGUCCAGCAGCAGCCACACAUCUCUCUGUCUAUAUCUAUGCAUAUAUAUAUAUAUCGCUGUAUAUACAUAUGUACAUAGU